UAAGAAGGUGCGUGCAGUUCGCCCAGCUGCAUUCGACCAUCGUCCCCAGAGUGAGAGUGCAUCUCUUCGGUCGCGUCUCUUCUGCGGAAAACCUUGGCCACGAAAAGGACACCACGAAAAAUGCCCCAAAAACGGGAUCAAAACAGUUGAACAGCAAACAGCGAAAAAAACCAGAACAAUGAAGUGAGCAGAGAUAGAGAGAAAAAAAGAGGGAGAGAGAGAGAGAGCGUAAAACAGGUGUAGGUAAGCAGAGCGGACGGCAUACACGGAAUUAAAGCAACGCCUACAACGGUAGUGGUUGGUGGUGGUGGGAAGAUACGGCUGGUAGAUUAGUAAAACGCUCGGGUCAGUCCCAUACGAUCUACGGUACGGUCCGCGUCUGAGCUGACCUGAGCUGAGGGGGUUCUGAGAUCUCGACCAAGAAUGUGUUCACGAGUGCUGGUCCUGGCCGGGCUACUAGCGUUACAGCACUACGUAGGAAUUGGCUUGUGUUCGGAGGAUGAAGAACGGCUGGUGCGCGAUCUGUUCCGCGGCUACAACAAACUGAUUCGGCCGGUCCAAAACAUGACCCAGAAGGUGGACGUACGGUUCGGGCUAGCGUUCGUGCAGCUGAUCAACGUGAACGAAAAGAACCAAAUCAUGAAGUCGAACGUCUGGCUGCGAUUGGUGUGGAGCGACUACCAGCUGCAGUGGGACGAGGCCGACUACGGUGGCAUCGGCGUGCUGCGGUUGCCGCCGGACAAGGUGUGGAAGCCGGACAUUGUGCUGUUUAACAAUGCCGACGGAAACUACGAGGUGCGCUACAAAUCGAACGUUCUGAUCUACCCGAACGGUGAGGUGCUGUGGGUGCCACCGGCCAUCUACCAGAGCUCGUGCACGAUCGACGUCACCUACUUCCCGUUCGACCAGCAGACCUGCAUCAUGAAGUUCGGCUCGUGGACGUUCAACGGCGACCAGGUGUCGCUCGCCCUCUACAACAACAAGAACUUCGUCGACCUGUCCGACUACUGGAAGUCCGGCACGUGGGACAUCAUCGAGGUGCCGGCGUACCUGAAUGUGUACGAGGGCAACCCGACCGAGACGGACAUCACGUUCUACAUCAUCAUCCGCCGCAAGACCCUCUUCUACACGGUCAACUUGAUCCUCCCGACCGUGCUGAUCUCGUUCCUGUGCGUGCUGGUCUUCUACCUGCCGGCCGAGGCCGGCGAGAAGGUGACACUGGGCAUCAGCAUUCUCCUGUCGCUGGUCGUGUUUCUGCUGCUGGUGUCGAAGAUAUUGCCGCCGACCUCGCUGGUGCUCCCGUUGAUCGCCAAGUACCUGCUGUUCACCUUCAUCAUGAACACGGUGUCCAUCCUGGUGACGGUCAUCAUCAUCAACUGGAACUUCCGCGGCCCCCGCACCCACCGGAUGCCUAUGUGGAUCCGGUCCGUGUUUCUGCACUACCUACCGGCGAUGCUGCUGAUGAAGCGCCCGCGCAAGACGCGCCUCCGGUGGAUGAUGGAGAUGCCGGGCAUGAGCGUACCGCCGCAGCCGCACACUCACCCGUCGUACGGGUCGCCGGCAGAGAUUCCGAAGCACAUCAGCGCGCUCGGUGCCAAGCAGUCCAAGAUGGAGGUGAUGGAGCUGUCCGACCUGCACCACCCGAACUGCAAGAUGAACCGCAAGCUCAACAGCGGCGACCUGGGCAUCGGUGCCGACAGCUGCCGGCGGGAAAGUGAGAGCUCCGACUCGAUCCUCCUGUCGCCCGAAGCCAGUAAAGCGACCGAGGCGGUCGAGUUCAUCGCCGAGCAUCUGCGCAACGAGGACCUCUACAUACAGACCCGCGAAGACUGGAAGUACGUCGCCAUGGUCAUCGACAGGUUGCAGCUGUACAUCUUCUUCAUCGUCACCACGGCGGGCACCGUCGGCAUUCUCAUGGAUGCGCCCCACAUCUUCGAGUACGUGGAUCAGGACCGCAUCAUCGAGAUCUACCGGGGCAAAUAAGUGGUCCCCGCGCCUGCGAAAAGGAAUGGCCCUAGCGACGACCAUCGCGCGACCAUAUCCGCCACCGGAUCCACCAGCCCCACAGCCCCAGGCGAUGGUGGGAAGACCCGGGCGUUCACGACAGGAGUCGUUCGUACACUGCACACUGCGGCGCCAUGUUUAUAUUUCUCUCUCCAUCUUUUUGCAGGGUACAGCAGAUCCAGCACGAGCGAUCCGUAACCAAUAAUCCGUUGUUAUUGAAAAUGCAAAAACACAACACAUUUGCUCAAAUGCGCUCUCGUCCCGCGAGCGCUCUCCA